AAACAGCACUGCACAAACAAGCGUCGGCGAUCGCGUCGUUACAGUCGAGGAAGCUUUGGGGCUCGCACGAUUGGCAUUGACAUUUUCCGUGCCGCCCCCCCCCCCCACGUAGACGAGGGUGCUAAUUGGGGGUGACGAAACCGACAAGCAUCCGAAUCUAGCAGCAAAACAAAAAAAAGGCAGGAGAAGUGGUUUGCAUUGCAAAAAAAAGGUAUUAACACCCGUUCAUGACACAAAACAGUAAGCUUGGUGCCGGCGAAGUUCGGGGUAUUGGUAUUGGGGAUGGGUAUGGGGUUUUUAGGGGAGAACCAACAGCACUUUCCAGAAGUCCGUGCAGAAUAAAGCGAGAGACGCGAUACGGUCACCGUAUCGUGACCCCAAAAAACCUGAAGCUAGUUCUUGUCCAGCAGUAGCAGCAGUGCGAUCAAUGUGAUAAAUUAAUCGCCGGACCCUGCGGUCGGACACGCUUCACAAGCGCGUACGCCUUUUUGCGCAAUGACAACAAACAACCAGGCCAAUUAUAUGAUCAUUGCCCUUGGGGGCCCACGGUGCGGACGGUUCGUGUGACACCUUUCGCAUCACUAGAUACCCGGAUCCACUUCCGAAUCACUAACAUUCGCCUCGCGGACAGUGACUUUAACCUCUCUAUCUAGUUGGAUGUUCAAGGUUCAGUUUAUCUCAUCUGUCGGCUAUAUUCCUGUUUCCUGGAUAAAUAGGGAAUGGUGCUGUAAGCAACUUUUGUUCCUGCUUUUUAUAUUGAGAAAAUCCAGGAAAUAAGCAUCCAUGUCCUUGGUUCAGACGCUACAGGGUUUUGUUGAAAUUGCUAAAUAUUAUUCAAGAACUCUAGAGAUCUAGGCUAUUCCAAUAAUGAGUUCGGUUCUUCUUCUUCUAGGUUUAAAGAUCUAUCUGUCAUACAUAUAGAUGUUCUCAGAUGUCUGAGAUCGCUAUCCAUUCUAUCCCAGCAGUAUAAAAAUUCCAUAUAUUGAUUAUUAUAUUGAGGAAAUCUAGGAAAUAAGCAUCCAUGCUCUUGGUUCAGAUGUUACAGAGUGUUGUUGAAGUUGUUAAAUAUUAUUGAAGAACUCUGGAGAUCUAGGCUAUUCCUAUGAUUAGUACGAUUCUUCUUCUUUUAGGUUUAAAGAUCUACCUAUCAUACAUAUAGAUAUUCUCAGAUGUCUGAGAUAGCUAUCCAUUCUAUCCCAGCAGCAUAUAUUGAUGUGCUGUAGUUGAUAACUGUAGUUGUUAAAUAUUAUUCAAGAACUCUAGAGAUCUAGGCUAUUCUAAUGAUCUAGAGAUCUAGGCUAUUCUAGGUUUAAAGAUCUAUCUGUCUAGACGUUCUCAGAUGUCUGAGAUAGUCAGAAAUUCCACGCACUUGAAGAUCACUGGGCGAAUUUGAGCGUAAUAUAUUAAAAUCGCUUUUCGAUGCUGUCUUGAACCUACAGACAGAGAGACUCCCUAAUAGGUGCGUUAUAAAGAACCAGAUAGCGAUUUCGAAUUUGGUUUUAUUGAAACUGAGACAUUUCAAAACACUUCAAAUCGCGGUUAGUGUGUUCUUAAGCCACAUCAGCCCAGUUUGCGCAGUACGCUUCAAGAACACCACCAAAAAAAGUGAAGAACGCGUGCGGGUGCAUUUACACGAGCAUGCAAUGAUAAGGACGCUUUCGACUUUUACCCUUCUUUGCGCAGCAGUAUCACAAUGGUUAACGCCUACGAAUAAGCGAUAGACGCACACAGGUGUACACGGUUCUGGUAGCGUCCUUCGGAACCGACUUUUUAGUCCACGCGCGUUACCUUAGCGCAAAAAGGAUGCGCGUCGUUUUGUCGACCUGGCUUAACUGGUUUAACCGGUUGCAGAAAGUUUCGUGGGCAAAGGCAACGAAACGAAAGAAAAAAAAACGCCGCAACGAUAAAAACACACAGAAUACGUUUUUUGCGGGUGCAGAAGUGUCCUAGGUCAAUAUCGCUGCCUGUUCGCGCACUGCACGCGUCCACUUCUCCGCUUCGUUAGCGCAUUCGCUUUCGUUUUCACGCUCGUUCGCGGUUUUCGCGAACCGGUAUAGUCGAACGGUGUGGCAAGGUCAACGGCGAGAAGGUACGAAAUAGCCGACUCCAAAACGCGUGCGAAGCGUGUGUGUGGAAUGCGACCGGUGGCAGUGCUCCGAAAUCAGAUCGAAGGUCUGGCUGAACGGAUAAGACCGAACCUAGAUAACGAGUAACGUUGCUUGUUUUUUUGUCCAACAUUUGCUUGUAGUCUUAUAUCUGGAGUAAGUCGAAAACAAAGAAUUCAUUGGAGACAAACUGCCAACUCUACUGGAGUUGCUAAAUGUCCAGCUAAGGUACAGAAGUUUGAAUGUGCCGACAAUCGAAUCUCUCGACGUCUCUCGCAAUGCAUCAAGUGUAGAUACCCGGUAAAGAACAUUGACUUCACAAAUGGAAACAAAACCUAAUUGCGACGUGCGCUCACGAGCAGUUGGACGCGGGACUGGACAGGCAAGUGAGGUAGCAAACAUGGCCUGACCUUCUGUGUACUUCACAUGUACUUCACGACACUGUUAAAGGUCAGUCAACUGGCAUCGAACUUGCUUCGAUCAGAAGCCCAAACCGGGACGGUUUGAGUGGGGAGUAGCAACUAACAACUUCACCAACCGAAGAGUUGAUCUGGAUCCGCACAAUCUCUGCACGGGGCCGUCAGAAUUGUUUACCUUGAAGUUAUCCGAUGCGUCUGUUUUGAGCUGUUUCGUGAUUAUGGCACAAAAUGAGUUUGUUGCUGUUUUUUCUUUUAUUAUUAUUAUAAAUUUAUAUUAAUCGUCUUCGCUCACACGGUCUGGUGUGUUUCCUCGCGUGCCUUGGAACACGAAGAUGUCAACAUAUCGGUGGUGCAACAGACAUACCACCAUCCCUCAACAUCUGGAUGUUGUUUUGGUUUGAUUUCUCAUCUUUUCUGUUUUUGUUUCGGGGUAUGAAAUCAAGUGCCUCACACACAUACGCACCAACCGCGUGAUAUCUCCAAUCUUUCGCGCUAGAUUUGGAUCUUUGCAUGGUGUUCUCCACUUCGGGUAAUUGUUUGGGAUUUUUUGUUGCUUCGCGCACGAGAAAUAUUCCACUGCUCCAAGCACUUCUUCCAUUAAUGGGGAAGCAUUUGUCGAGCGAUGAUUAUUGCAAUUUCUUCUACUCCUCCUCCAUACAAAAACCAAAAACCCGUUUUUUUUGUCUACUUCAUUUACGCCGAAGCGUUUCUUCCUGUCUCUUGCCGAGCGCGAAUCGCACAUCGUAAAGACAAGUGUACGGGACGUUCUUAAUGCCCGUUGAGACCAUUCUUUCGCACAUGUUUUUGCCUUGCCUUGCCCUUGUGCACGCUAAGGCCACAUUAAGGCCCUAUAGCGAUCUCGCGUGAAGAUCCCGCCGACCAUCUCCACUCCCUCCAGUAUUGAACGGGGGGGGGGGGGAGGUGGGCAAAGGUGGGAGGCCGCAGGAAGGCCACCGGGCAGAUGGAUUCAGACCCGGUUGUGUUCUGCGGCUGGCAAGUUUAAAACAGCAUCGGUUCACCCGGACAAGCUUCAGUGUGUGGUUAGCAGCACAACGGUACGGUGCCACCGAUACAGACUGCGGCAGGCUUUUCAGCAAGCAUCAUCAGCUUGGGAAAACAAAAACCAAAAUUUUUUGAGAUCUCUCUUACGUUGCGCAUCUUUGCAAAGAAUUGCAACACGGUGUGCAGGUCCUGGAAGCGUAUAUUAAAAAAUAGCGCUUUUACUGAACGCCGGGGUGAAAUUUCUCCACACCGAGCUCUUUACGACGAGUUUCGUAUGAGUUUAUCUGAGAUAUAGCAUAUCGCAGGCUAAGAGGUUUGAGAUCUUGUGGUACCACACCCAAUUUACAAUUCGUUACGAAGUGUCAUUUGCAGCCGACUGCAGCAGUGUGCCCGCUGUUACGUCUCGUGCCGGUUCCAAUCACAAAACCUAACCUAUAUCAGAACUUGAUAACCAAGGCGGAUCAACGGAAAGCGCUGAUAAGAACGCCCUGCCCAUAGCUCUCGCUGAGUCAGUGUGUUUGUGCCGUGGACAGAUCCUCUUUGCGUAGUGUUGCAGUGCGUUCGGCGAAGGUUCAUUAGGUCCACCUUCUAAUCACUCAAGUGCCGUAAAUAUAUAUAUUCAUUCCGUUCCCCUCCGUGUAUGUUGUUUCGUGUAACAGUGCGCGUGUGUUGAGACAGUGAUAGCGCCUUUGACUGUUUGAUACCGAAAUCAAACGAAAGGCACUUUAAUCAGAAUCAAAACCUCCAACGAAUUCCCAAUAAACACGGCUGUGUCACGACCGUCAGCCCUCAGUUGAACUCUGAACCUGUUUCGAUACGGUGCAACAGUCGUAAGACCAGCAGCGGUUUGAAGACCCGAAAAAACCGCAACCAUCAGCAUCAAUCUGUACCGUAACGUCACUCAACCCCGAGAGAACAUCCCGCAAUAAUGCCGCAGCAAGACGACUCGUCAAACAAUCCGGCCGUUAUGGCGUACAAUGCAGUGUUGGUACUGUUCGACGUACUGGUGUUCAUUGUAAAAUCCAUCUAUAUCAUCGGUCGCGGAUUGUUCGAGAUGGUGAUGCUACCGCCGGCACGCGAUGUUAGCGGCGAUAUUGUACUGAUCACCGGUGCCGGUCAUGGAAUGGGCAAGAACCUUUCGCUACAGUACGCCAGCCUCGGCACCACCGUCGUGUGCGUGGAUGUCAACGAGAAGACAAACCAGGAAACGGUUAACGCCAUCAAGGGCAAGGGUGGCAAAGCGUUCGGAUACAUCUGUGACGUCACUAACCGCCAACAGGUAGUUGACACCUGCAAGAAGAUUCGCGACCAGGUCGGUAUUGUUACCAUCCUGAUUAACAAUGCCGGCAUCAUGCCGACUCAUUCACUGCUACAGCAAACGGAGAACGAAAUUCGCAAAACGUUCGACAUCAAUGUGUUGGCCCACUUCUGGUUCAUCCAGUCACUGUUGCCAGACAUGAUCAAGCAAAACCGGGGCCACAUUGUGGUGCUGUCCUCGAUCGCCGGUAUGAUCGGGUUCAAGUACCUGGUACCGUACUGUGGCACAAAGUUUGCCGUGCGCGGCAUCAUGGAAGCACUGUCCGAGGAGUUGCGUGCCGAUCCGGCAAAGCCAAAGAUUAAGUUUACCACCAUCUAUCCGUACAUGGUCGACACGGGACUGUGCAAACGACCGUACACACGCUUCCCGAGCCUGUUGAAGAUGGUCAAACCGGACGAUGCUGCCGCCGCCAUCAUCGAUGCACAGCGUCGUGGACUGAUCGAAGCGUCCAUCCCGAAAUACUUGCUGUACUUGAACACCUGGUUCCGCAAUCUGCCGCUACGCGUCGGACAGGAGUUUGGCGAUCUGCUCGACACUGGUUUGCAGUCGGACCUUCGAACCGCAACACCGAAUGCCGGCGUGAAGAUGUAUAAUCUGGUGAUCCUCAUCAUCGACAUUGUCGCCAUGUUGGUACGAUGGAUCUUUCACACGCUCGAAUCAUUCUACCGGUUGGUGGUGCCACCGGCUGCAGAUACCGUGCACAACGAUAUUGUGCUGAUUACCGGUGCCGGCCACGGCAUGGGACGCUGUAUGGCACUGCAGUACGCGCAGCUCGGUGCGACCGUCAUCUGCGUUGACAUCAAUGAGAAGAUGAAUGCGGACACAGUCACCACCAUCCGGCAGCAGCGUGGCAAUGCAUUCGGUUACAUCUGUGACGUCACCAACCGUCAGCAAAUUAUCGACACGGCGAAGCAGGUGCAGCAGGAAGUGGGUACUGUUACCAUACUGGUCAACAAUGCGGGCAUCAUGCCGACUCAUCCACUGCUACAGCAGACCGAGGGUGAGAUUCGCAAAACGUUCGAAAUUAACGUUAUGGCACACUUCUGGCUGCUGCAAAGCUAUCUGCCCGGUAUGCUCGAGAAGAACCGUGGCUACAUAGUGGCUAUGUCGUCCGUGGCCGGUCUGUGCGGGUUAAACAAUCUGGUACCGUACUGCGGCAGUAAGUUUGCCGUGCGCGGCAUUAUGGAGGCACUCGCCGAGGAGUUGCGACAGGAUGCGCGCAAACCGAACAUCAAGUUCACCACCGUUUACCCGUACAUGGUCGAUACCGGUCUGUGCAAGCGGCCCCACAUGCGCUUCCCGAACAUGAUGCGCCUGGUGAAGCCGGAAGAGGCCGCUGCCGCCAUUAUCGAUGGUCAGCGUCGCGGGCUGGUGGACGUGUCGAUACCGAAGUACUUGCUGUACCUGAACACCAUCAUACGUGUGUUCCCGCUGAAGGUGGGCACGCUACUGCGCGACUUUCUCGACAGCGGCGUAGAGUCGGACCUCUGAGUCGGACAGCAGGCUGGAUUCCGAUGGGGUUAAGUUGUAGUUAUUGUUUUAAUGUUAACUAUCCUGAUAACAGUGAAUGCAAACACGGACCAACCACACAGCCACCGAUCACAGUAGCGUUCCAUCACAGUAACACGCGUACUGGAAUGUUACGAUUACUAAUAAGUAACAGCUAGAUACGUUGGGAUAGCAAGUACCAGAGAAUGAUUAAUGUAAAUAUCUGUUCACCAUCCUCUCUCAUGUACACAUUAGACGUAUCUGUAUACACGGGAUGGAGAAGGAUUAAUUAAAUGAAUAGAAAGGUGUAUUUUUUUUCUAAUGUCAAAUCGUUACAACAUGUAAAACGGGACUGUACAUUUCAGACAGAGAUGAUACAAGGAAUAAAUUUUAUCAAAAAUA